ACAUUUUAUAUAAAUUUAUAUAAAUUAUACAAUAUAUCAUAUAAGUUAGUAUUUUAUAUUUAUAUAAAUAACAAAGCGGUUUAGACUUUUGAGCCAAAUCAAACUUGGUACAUGAAGCUAGAGUUCAAUGGUUCCACACUUUAACAAGUCUGUCACGAGUAGUUCAAUGACGACUCACCUAGUUUACACCACUAUUUGUGUCUUCAAGAUUUUGAUGAUAUUUUAUAAAUACAUCUUUUGUUACAUUUACAUUUACAUUUACAUUUUGAAGCAAUCAAACGUCAUAUAUAUUAAAGUGACAGAGAGAAAUACUAUUGAAAUGGAUGUCAAUGAGAUAAAUCUUGAAGAGCUUGAACAUGAGCACCCACUAACGCUCGUAGAUUUGCAACUAAUGCAUCGAGACUACUUAGAAGACGAUGACGAAUACGCUGAUGAAGAUUUGAUCAAGACGCAAAACUUCAAGUGCAUAUGUAACCAGUGUGACAGACAAAUUGACUGGUACCACCGUUAUUACUACACGUGUGACAUGCCAUCGUGUAAUUAUUCACUCCAUAAAUUUUGCAAAGAAAUUCCAAAAACCUUACAAUUCCAAGGCCACCCUUCUCAUACUCUUACCCUUAGAAGAACACCAAAUGAUGAUAAAUGUCGCGCGUGUCUCAAAUGUCAUCGAGAUGGAAUUGGCUAUCAUUGUUCAACAUGUAAUUAUGGAAUCGAUUUACUUUGUGCCACAUUUAUUGAGCAAAAUACGAUACAUCACCCCGCCCACCCACACCCAUUAAUCUCUUUUAGUGUUGAACCUGGUUUGAACAAGUGUUUUGCAUGUAAGAAGAAACAUGAAGGUCAUUUCUAUCAAUGCAAUACUUGUUUGAACUUCUUAGUAAAUUCCGAUUGUCUUACACUUCCCAUAAAGUUAUUGCUUGAAACUCAACAAUUUAGCCACCGCCACUUGCUCACACUUUCAUAUUCGUUUUUAGAUCAAUUAUAUGAUUUCGAAUGCAGAAUUUGUGGUAUGGAAUUAGAAGAUGAACUUUUGAUUUACAAAUGCAGUAAAUGCAUGUACUAUGUUCAUCCAGAUUGUGCAACACAACGGAUAGAGCCUUUCAUGUCCGUCUUCUUACCUGGCUUAGGAAAGACACAAAAAAACUUCAAAGAUGUUGAUCAUCCCAUCCUUCUUCACUUGCCAGCCGACGAUGAAUCAGACAUCUUAGCAGAUCAAAUAUUUAUAGGACAGACUCGUGAGCUAAAAAGAGAUGAAAAUGGCAACCUCAUACAUUUUCUUUAUGACCAUCCGUUGUUAGUCCUAAUAAACAAUGCUACAACCACCACGAGAGUGUCUCUUCACGACCCAAUGAAGAGAAUUAAACUAUUAUGCAGUGCAUGCACAAAACCAAUUACAAAAAUGCCAUUUUACAAAUGCUGCAAAGACGAGGACUUUGUUCUCCACGAUUGGUGCACCCAGCUACCCACAACACUAAGAAACGUUGUGGGUCAAUGGGGACGACAGGAACAUAAACCUUGGCUUGUUUACGGUGAAGACUACCUUCUUGGAAUCAAAUGUUCUAUUUGUGGAUUGCCAUCAAAUGGGGCUUUAUAUGUUUCCAAUCACAUGAUAGUUGAUGCUCAUUGUGCACUUAUGCCUAGAGAAAUUACACAUGAAGCACACGCGGAUCACUUACUUACAAGAGUAGAUGGUGCUUCAUCAAGCCGUAGCAGUGUAUCUAAGAUGGAAUGUCGCGCAUGUCGUGUGGGUAUUGUUGAAAGUGAUACUUAUUUUAGAUGUAAUGCAUGUGAUUUCUAUUUGGAUUGCCGCUGUGCUUUGCAUUUACCUAAAACAAUUAGGCAUAAGCUUGACAAGCACUCGCUGAAGCUGAGUUACUCCCCAAUCGAGGACCACAAAGGUCAAUACUUUUGUGAAGUUUGUGAGGAGGAUCUUGAUCCUGGAAAGUGGUUCUAUCAUUGUGUAGAGUGCGCACAAUCCAUUCAUUCGGCAUGUGCUCCGUUAAUACUUCAGUCUGAACAGGGUAUUAAUUCUCUCUCUUUGGAAGGUGUUUAUAAGUACAUUAACUUCAAGUUUACAGGUGUACGAAAACCACUAAGUUUACACCAACAUCCUGUGUUGGUUGCUCCGGGGACUGAGAAUGAUGGUUUAUGCCAGUUGUGCGGAAGCGAAUUGCAAUCCCAUUUGAUCUUGAAGUGCUUAGAUUGUAACUUUGCUUGCCAUGGGUACCAUGAUUCUUUUUCUCGGGUUCUCCCACAACUAAUGUAUAAGUAUGAAGAAAAAAAACGUAUGAUAAAGCAGCGUGGACCUCAAACAAACUUAGAAUUUUAUCCAAGUGAAAUGAAAAGACCAGAGACCCGUGAUUGGAAGGUUAUUGACGAUCCAUCCUUUCAAUAAUUCUUAUUGCCAAUUGGCCAUAUGUAUCUGUCUAGUUUCGCCAACUGUUGUAACGGACUAUAUAUCUAGAAAUGUAAUACGCUUUUAUACUUUGUCUCUACAUAUUACCAUCCAAUACAAUAGACUUCUCUUAGCCA